AUGGCAAGAUGGGUGGUGAGAAACCAGGAUAUGACUCAAUUUAGCAUAUCCCUCGGCGCGGAGGUUGGCCUUAGCUGCAGCCACACGAACCCUGGUCGGCAUCAGUGGCAUGAAAACUGUGGCUUGAACACAUUCCUUCGAACAAAGGUUGGCUCAACCUGCUGUGCACCGCCUCAGUUCGUGUUCCGCUUGGGGGUCAUCAAUAAUGCCACAGGCCAGGUCCCUUUGAUUAUGUCGCGAGCUAGAGGACCAAUCCUCUCCGCAUCCAAACAAAGGAAAACGCCUGACCUAAACGGGGCUAGGCGCUGGGGGAAGAUCAGCCUCACGCGGCACUAUGCCCGAUCUGUGAGCUCCUUGUAUCAACCGCCAACGUCAGUUCUUCUUCUCGGGCAUUUUCAACCACAACAUCCCCCUCCUGUUCAUGCGGUCCAAUCCUAG